AUGAAGAUUGGAGAGUCAAUUGAUGAUUACUUCUCACGCACUCUAACCAUUGUUAACAAGAUGAAGAUGCAUGAUGAAGCCAUGACUCAAGGUACAGUAGUUGAAAAGAUCUUGCGUUCUUUAACUUCAAGAUUCAACUAUGUAGCUUGUUCAAUUGAAGAAUCGAACGAUGUCACUACCUGGACCGUGGAUCAAUUGCAAAGCAGCUUGCUGGUUCAUGAACACAGAAUGAAAGGCAAUGAUCAAAAGUUAUUUGCUGAUUUCAAGAGUUCUAUGGAAAGAAAUUUUGCAAUGACUGAUUUAGGUAAGAUGAGAUACUUCCUUGGUGUGGAAGUAAAGCAAGAUGGUAAUGGAAUAUUUUUGUAUCAACAAAAAUAUGCAGUUGAAAUCUUGCAGAGAUUUGGAAUGUAUGAUUGUAAUAGUGUAAGCAACCCUAUAGUACCUGGAAGUAAAUUGCAGAAAGAUGAAUCAGGACAAGCCAGCAAUGCAACACUCUAUAAGCAAAUGGUAGGUUGUUUGAUGUACUUGCUUGCCACCAGACCUGAUCUUGCUUUUUCUGUGUGCUUAGUGGCAAGAUAUAUGGAAAGGCCAACUGAAAUCCAUAUGGCUGCUGUGAAAAGAAUACUUAGAUACUUGAAAGGAACAACUAGCUAUGGUUUAUGGUAUGAAAGAGGCAAAGGAGAAGAGUUAGUUGGUUGGUCUGAUUCUGAUUAUGCUGGUGAUAUUGAUGACAGAAGAAGCACAUUUGGCUAUGUGUUUAUGAUUGGUACCAAGGCAGUUUCAUGGUCAUCUAAGAUGCAACCAAUUGUGACAUUAUCUACCACUGAAGCUGAAUUUAUUGCUGCAGCUAGUAGUGCCUGUCAAGGAAUUUUGCUGUCCAGAAUUUUGACUCAAAUUGAUGCAAGGGAGAAAAGCUGCAUUACCAUAUAUUGUGACAAUAGCUCAUCAAUAAAGCUAUCUAAGAAUCCUGUGAUGCAUGGAAGAAGCAAGCACAUAGAUGCGAGGUUUCAUUUCUUAAGGGAUCUGACUAAGGAAGGUAAAGUUCAGCUAGUUCACUGCACAUCCUUUGAGCAAGUUGUAGACAUAAUGACCAAGCAUUGA